UCUUCUUCCUCUUCCCGACUCUUCCUCCCGACAGCCCCCCCAAGCCCCUCUAGCCACCGACUCAUUUUUUGAGAAAAAUUGGUGACCAAGCUUGGGAUUUUCUCCUUCUCUUCUUGUUCUUGAACCCAGAAAUCCCCCCCCCCUCUGCUGGAAAUCCCGAAUCUGGUCUGCUUUUUCUCCCCUGUCCGCCGGCUGCUAUGUGGGUGUGAGGUUUUUGGGCUUUUCUGCCGCGAGUUCCCCUGCAGAAUUCCUUCUUCUCUGCCGCCGGCUUCUUCCCCCCUGCUAGGCUCGGUUUUGCUUGCUAAAUUCUGGUUUUGAUCGUUCUGUCACCGUAGCUCUUGGGUUAGCCUUCUGUUCUGUGCGAGUGAGGUAAGUAAAUCAUGGUAAAGCCCGUCAAUUUUAAAGCAUGUUUUCAAUUAUUUUUGAGAUGGUGGCAAGGUUUAAAUUGAUUUUAAAUUGAUUUUAUCCACAUCUGAGUGUGAUUAAACUGAAAAGAGAAUUUUGAUGAUUUUCAUGAGGAUUUCAUUGUUUUACUGGAAUUAAGCAUGAUUGGAAUGAAAAUGAGGAUUUCAUUGUUUUUCUGAAGUAGAGCAUGCCUAUUUGGAACUUACUGAACUGCUCUGAUGAUUUAAGAAUUUUUGUAAAUUAUGAUUUUCUGUUAAAUCCAUGCCCACAUGGAAUUUUCUGGUUAUUUCUGAAAUUUGGGAUUUCGAUUGUGAAUUUGGGAUUUCGAUUGUGAAUUACGGAUUUCGAUUGUGAAUUUGGGAUUUUCGUAAUCCUAUAUGGUUUUGUCUCUGAUAUAGUCAUGAUUUCCAAUCCCUGCUAGCGGGUGUGUAGCACUUCCGAUCCCCGCUAGUGGGUGUGUAGCACUUCUGAUCCCCGCUAGUGGGUGUAACGCUAGCACAUGUCGACAUGUUUACUGAUAUGACCGGUUUGUUCUGACGCCUGCCACUGGGCGAAUACAUUGGCACAUUCUGACGCCUGCCACUGGGCAAAUACAUUGGCACAUUUAUGUCGCUUGCCAGUGGGUUGUUAUAACACUGGCCAUGACUUAUAGAUGAGACUACUGAACUGAGUUUGAUUUUGCAUUGACGAUUUUGUCAUUGAACGCUUUGCUAUUAAACCGAAUUUGAUUUCCGCAUUAACGGUUUAUCAGUGAAAGUUCUGUUAUGCUUACAUGUUUUAUCUGGCAUGUUAAAAGUUUUACCCAAGGCUAUCCAUAUUUACUUACUGAGUUAUCUCAUAGUUUUCCUUGUUCACCAUUUCAGGAAGUGAAACCGAGGACGGGGAAACCACGGGAAGUGACGAGUUAGAAGGCUAGCCAUCGUGUAAAUUGAAUAUGGAUUUUAGAUAUAGAUGAUGAUCUUGUAAGCGAGAUUUUAAUUGGAGAUUGUAAAUUCAUUUAGUGGAUUGUUAGUUUAUAAGAGAUUUGAUCAGGAGAUUUUGAGGUUAAGUCAUAUGGACAUAGAAAAGAAAUCUUGAUAUAUUCGAUCUGAGUUAUGGGAUUGUCAGAUGUGAAUUGAAUAAGUUCCGAACCUUGUGCAUUUGUGGGAUUCACUCACGAGUGCACGGCGUCUGUCACGUCCUUGGAUCUGGGUUCUGGGGCGUGACAAAAUAUAUGCAUUUAACUUUA